ACCCCACCCCCACCCUCUUCCUCUAUUUUCCCUCUUCCAAGAACCUUCACCUUCCCUCUCUUAAUUUCCAUGGAGAUUCAUCCAUCUCAUUCUCACCAAUCCCUCAACAUUUAUCUCUCUCUUGUGUAAUUCCCUAAAACUCAUGAUUUCCCCCUUCUCCCCCCAUUGAUUCAAUCCAAAAGAAAGCAAAAAAAAAGGAACAAACGAACAAACAAAUAAAAACUCCGUCUUUCCCAUAUUCCCAUUUCCCACCAAUCAUGAAGCCUCUCCAAACCCCUCCCCCCUCCGACGCCGCCAAAUCCAGCCGUCGCCGCCGCUCCGACCUCUCCCUCCCCCUCCCCCACCGCGACACCUCCCUCGCCGUCCCCCUCCCCCUCCCCCCUCCAUCCGCCCCCUCCUCCCUCAACUACUCCGACCUCGACCGCCUCAGCCGCAUCGGCAGCGGCGCCGGCGGCACCGUCUACAAAGUCCUCCACCGCCCCUCGGGCGCCGUCUACGCCCUCAAAGUCAUCUACGGCAACCACGAGGACUCCGUCCGCAACCAGAUGCGCCGCGAAAUCCAGAUCCUCCGCGACGUCGACCACCCCAACGUCGUCAAAUGCCACAACCUCUUCGACCACGGCGGCGAGAUCCAAGUCCUCCUCGAAUUCAUGGACCACGGCUCCCUCGAAUCCACCCACAUCCCCUCCGAAAAACCACUCUCCGACCUCUCCCGCCACGUCCUCGCCGGAUUGGCCUACCUCCACCGCCGCAAAAUCGUCCACCGCGACAUCAAACCCUCGAAUCUCCUAAUCAAUUCGCGGCGCCUCGUCAAAAUCGCCGAUUUCGGCGUCUCUCGAAUCCUCGCGCAGACGAUGGAUCCCUGCAAUUCCUCCGUCGGCACGAUCGCCUACAUGAGCCCCGAGCGGAUCAACACCGAUUUGAACCACGGCCAGUACGACGGCUACGCCGGCGACAUCUGGAGUUUGGGGGUUAGCAUUUUGGAAUUCUAUUUGGGGAAAUUCCCCUUCGCCGUCGGGAGGCAGGGGGAUUGGGCGAGCCUGAUGUGCGCGAUCUGUAUGUCGCAGCCGCCGGAGGCGCCGCCCUCCGCCAGCCGCGAAUUUAGGGAUUUCAUCUCCUGCUGCCUGCAGAGGGAUCCGGCCAAGCGCCUCUCGGCGGCGCAGCUGCUCAAGCAUCCGUUCAUCGCGCAGCACGCCUCCCCCAGCGCCGGCGCCGGGGUGGUACAUCACCAGGCGGCGGCGCACCAGCUGAUGCCGCCGCCGCGCCAGCAUUACUCACCGGCUUGAUUGGAGGAGGUUUUAUUAUUAGUUUUUUAUUUGUUUUUUUAAAAACCAGAAAAGGUUAAAUUUUUUAUGGGGUUGAAUGAAUUAAUUCCAGCUUUGUUUAGCUUAAAAAUGGUAGUUUUGUAGAAUUAAAUGAUGGAAUGUACAACAAGGCAAAGAUGAAAGAAAUCUGUCAUAAAAAAUCAUUAAA